AUGAACAUGAUUUUAACCGGCGAUGGUCAUAAUAAUAUUGAAAGAAAAAAUAGUUUAAAAACUCCAGCCAGUAAUCAAUAUGACAUAGUAAUCACUAAUAUGCCUUUUUCUUUAAAAGGUCCUUUUGAAGAAUACAAAGAUAAUUACUACUUAGGAAAAGCCAACGGCAAUAGCCUUUAUCGAAAUGAAGAAGAAAAACUGAAAAAUGGUUUUCAAAAAAUAGAGAUGGGAGAAAUAGAGAAAAACCAUUUCAUUAGUGUUCCUGGUCUCUAUAAAAAGUUUGAUUUUGAAGAGAGUAAACAUGAAAUAAUUCCUUUAAGUGAACUAAUCGAAGAACAAGAUAAUUUUGUUCUUCAAGAAGAAAGAUUUAAAGAAAGAGUAGCGGCCAAAGACACUUCCGAUUAUAAAUUGGUUCCUCCUCGGCAUUUUGCUUACCGACCGCCCGGAGUUAAUGUAGGUUAUAUUUGUUAUAAUGAUAAAGAAAUGACUGGUUGUAUCACUGCUUAUUAUCCAGUAUUUAAAGUUAAACAUGAAAAUAAAAUUAAACCUGAAUAUCUCUUUUGUGUUUGUCAGUCCGAAAAAUUUCGGGAGCAAGCGGAUGCUUUUUUUCGUGGCACAGCUCGGCCAAGUAUAAAUUUCACUGAUUUUUGUAAGAUAAAAAUCCCAGUGCCAUCUUUGGAGGAACAAGAAAAAAAGAUUAGAGAUAUAUGCGAUGCAAAUCCUUCAAAAUCAGAAAUAAAAGACAAAAAAGGUAUUAAAGUUUCUUUCUUGCCGAUGGAGGACUUAGAAAAAUAUUCGCUGCGAGUUUGUCCUAAACAAGUUAGAAAAAUAGAAGAAGUUUAUCAAAGUUAUACUUACUUUGCCGAAAAUGAUUUACUGAUUGCUAAAAUUACUCCUUGUUUCGAAAACGGGAAAAUGAGCAUUGCUAAAAACUUGGUAAACAGAAUUGGUUUUGAAGUUGGAAAAACUAUUAUGACAGGCACAGUAGGCCAACAGAGAAUUAAACCUAAUUUUGUUGGUGAUUAUUCAAUUACCUUACCGCCUUUGGAAAUCCAAAAAGAGUUUGUUGAAGAAUUGAAAAAAGAUGAAAUAA